GGCUAGGAACGAAACGAAGUGUUCGUUUCCGUCUGUAGGCUGUGGAAACGGAGUUGCAGGUAGCUAGCUGUGCGAGCCGAACCGAGACUGAUUGGAGCUCGAGCACGCAACGGAGAGGAGGAAAGAGGAGAGAAUUGACGAAGACCUUGAUAUCCAAAAUAGCAUCCAGAUUUACACAAAUAUUACACUUUAGUAGCACUAAAACACAAGGCCUGCGAAGAUGGGAGACAAGGCAGGCACCAGAGUCUUCAAGAAGUCCAGUCCCAACUGCAAGCUCACUGUAUACCUGGGAAAGAGAGACUUUGUGGAUCACCUAGACCAUGUAGAUCCAGUGGAUGGAGUGCUACUGAUAGACCCAGAGUACCUAAAAGACCGAAAAGUCUUUGUGACUCUGACCUGUGCGUUCCGGUACGGUCGGGAGGACCUAGACGUUCUAGGGUUGUCCUUUAGGAAGGACCUCUACAUCUCCACCUUCCAGGCCUUCCCUGCCGUCACCACAGAGGAACGUAAACCACUCAGCCGCCUGCAGGAGAGACUGCUGAAGAAGCUGGGCCAGCACGUAUACCCAUUCAACUUCACUAUCCCUCAGAACCUGCCCUGCUCAGUCACUCUACAGCCAGGACCAGAGGACACAGGGAAGGCCUGUGGAGUGGACUUUGAGGUCAGAGCCUUCUGCGCCAGGACUGUAGAGGAGAAGAUACACAAAAGGAACUCAGUGCGUCUGGUGAUCCGUAAGGUGCAGUAUGCCCCAGAGAAGCCUGGUCCUCAGCCCAUGGUGGAGACAACGCGAUCCUUCCUAAUGUCAGAUAGAUCCCUACAUCUAGAGGCCUCACUGGAUAAAGAGCUCUACUACCAUGGAGAGCCUAUCAGUGUGAAUGUACAUGUCACCAACAACUCCACCAAAACAGUUAAGAGGAUGAAAAUCUCAGUGCGUCAGUACGCUGAUAUCUGUCUGUUCAGUACGGCUCAGUACAAGUGUCCUGUUGCACAGGAGGAGGCAGAUGACCAGGUGUCCCCCAGCAGUACGUUCUGUAAGGUGUACACCCUGACUCCCAUGCUCACCAAUAACAGAGAGAAGAGAGGCCUGGCUCUGGAUGGGAAGCUGAAGCACGAAGAUACCAACCUGGCCUCCAGCACCAUAGUGAAAGACGUGUCCAAUAAGGAGGUUCUGGGAAUCCUGGUGUCUUACAGAGUCAAGGUCAAACUAGUGGUGUCCCGUGGAGGCGAUGUGUCGGUGGAGCUGCCUUUUGUCCUGAUGCACCCCAAACCCUCAGACCAACUCAUUUCCAGACCUCAAUCAGCCAUCCCAGAAACAGAUGCCCCAGUGGACACUAACCUGAUAGAGUUUGAGACAAAUAAUUUCUCUCAGGAUGAUGACUUUGUGUUCGAGGACUUUGCCCGUCUGCGACUGAAAGGAAUGAAGGACGAUGAGGAUGACCACUUCUGCUAGUUCUCCCUCCCUCAGGACCAGGCACCCAAACCUGGGGAGAGCAGCUAGGCGAGUCACUGGUCUAGUCUCGGCACCAGACAGUAGGCCCAACUCCAGAAAAGGGGUGCAGGAGCACUCAGAUAUUUUAAAAAGCCUCCUCCCUUUCUCUUCUUAUUCUUCUUUUUCUCCCCUCUUCUUUCUCCUACAUCUGCGAUGGCAUUGUUCAUUUCUACUCCUUCGUUUUGUCACUCCUUUUGUUUGAAAAACAGAGAUAAUGAGAGAGAGAGGGAGAUAUUUAUAGGGAGUGUCGAGUCGACUGUCUCUGUUUUAGGAAAUAAUUAUAUACGUUUUGGGUCCAUUCGUUGAUUCAGGGUUGAUCUUAUAUGUUCUAUACAGUUGUGGUCAAAAGUUUUGAGAAUGACACAAAUAUUAAUUUUCACAAAGUCUGCUGCCUCAGUUUUUAU